AUGACAUCAACGAUCGACCCUAGCAAGGUUAUUUCUUGGCUGCGACAGCCGCACAACAAGGCCUUUUGGCACACAGAUUUACAGGUCAGGCACACCCAGCACGGCGUGGGUGUAUUCGCCUCUCGGCGAAUCGAGCCCGGCACUGUGCUGCUCAGCGUUCCCAAAACGUCUAUCUUAUCUGCACAUAAUUCGUGUAUAGCCAACCUUCUCUGCGACGCCCAGAUCUACGGGAUGCACGCCUUAGUGAUCGCCUUUCUCUAUGAGAAAAACGUUGGUGCAGCAAGUCCGUGGUCUGAUUACAUUGAGUCCAUAAAUUUUGCUGGUGCGAUGCUGCCACCCUGUAUGUGGGACGCAGAAGCCAAGUCUUUAUUGGCUGGCACAGAGGCCGAUCUCAUGGGCGUUCUGGACAGCACAGAGCUUGUUGCACAUUAUGAGCUGGCCAGACGCUUUGCGAAUCAGCAUGCACCCAUGAUAUCUGCGCCUGCCGAAUUGGCGGACCUUUCGCAGUUUGCGGCCGUAGUUCUGGCCGUGGCGUCUCGUGCGUUUGAGAUCGACCAUUUCCACCUUUCGGGACUGGUUCCUGGCGCCGAUCUGUUCAAUCAUCACCCAGACGGCCACGGGUUGGUUCAUUUUGAGGCUCUUGCAGAGGUGUGUCCUGACUGUGGCAAGCUGGACUGUGGCCACGGCAGCGAUGACUCUGACGACCAAUUCGACGAAUUCGACGACUCUGAGGACUUUGAAGAUUCUCAGGCCACUCACGAGGUGGCAGACGCACAGGAAAAAGAUAACGAUGAAAACUCCGAACUAUGCGACAUUGUUAGUCACACGAGCCUUGUGCCAGACACAGAAAUAUUCAACACCUACGGGCCCCUCUCGAACGCUGAGCUGCUCGCAAGAUACGCCUUCUGUGUCGACGAUAAUCCGCACGACACCGUUUGCCUGGGAAAACAGGUGUCUGCACAUAGAAAACGGGUCAACCCUGCCAUUUCCAGACGGCUCAGGUGGUGGUCGCGCCAGAGCGAGCAGCCGUGGCUUUUGGAGUGUUAUGUCGACGCCAACGGCACGCCGUCGCCGCAACUGUGCUGCGUGGCCAAGCUUUUCACUGCCCCAGGCAAGACGCUGUCGCGAUCGCGGCUCUCCCGUCUUACCCCUUCUGCCAGACGACUCAUACAGCAUUGGUGCGCUCAGAGAAAGUUGCCCGACGUGCCAAUCACAAUUCAGGACGCGACCACCGCGGCCCACAUCCGUUGCAUCAGAGAUAACGAGAACCGCAUCCUAGACAAGUGCAUUGCCAAACUGAACUACUAG